AUGAAGUUUGUUCAAUUUACGUACAAAAAUAAACCAAAUGAAAUUCGUGUUGGAUAUUUGGAUGAUGAUAAAGUGAUCGACUUGAAUAAGGCUCUGCCAGAAUUGCCUACAACUUUACUGGAGAUUUUACGAAAUGAACAGAUGGAGAAAAUUUUUGGAUUCUGUGGGUGUGUAUCAAAACCUGCAACAGAAUCAAUGUCUGCCAUUGACUUGAAAGCACCCAUUACUGGCAUGGACAAAGUACUAUGUAUAGGACUGAAUUACAAGGACCAUUGUGAGGAACAAAACCUGACUCCACCUGAAGUUCCAAUGAUAUUCAGCAAAUUUGCCAGUACUGUUGUUGGCCCAUCGGAUGCUGUGAAAUUACGGACAGCUGUUACUGAUAAAGUGGAUUGGGAGGUAGAAUUGUGUGUGGUGAUAGGAAAACCUACAAGCAACGUCAAGGCUGCAGACGCUUUCGAUUACAUCUUUGGUUACACCGUGGCCCAGGAUAUUAGCGCUAGGGACUGGCAGAAGGCUAAAAACGGCGGGCAAUUUCUUCUUGGAAAGUCUAUGGACACAUUCUGUCCAAUCGGACCGUGUAUAGCAACCAGCAACGAGAUCAGUGAUCCCCAGAAAUUGAAGAUCCAAUGUUCAGUGAAUGGUGUCCUGAAGCAAUCCAGCUGUACAGAUCAACUAGUCCAUAAGAUACAGGAUGUUAUAGAGAGGCUUUCUUCGGUUAUGACGCUUCUACCAGGUGACAUAAUACUCACUGGCACCCCGGGGGGUGUAGGAAUGUACAGGAGUCCCCCUGAAUACUUGAAACCUGGUGAUGUUGUUCAAAGCUAUAUACAAGAUAUUGGAACACUCGAGACCAAAAUUGAGAAGUUCUAG